GCUGCCGUGUGUGUGCGCGCGCGCGCUCGCCUCUUGCGCCUGCGCGCAAGAGAGGCGGUUGGGGAGGGCCAGCCUCGGGAGUGCGCGCGCCUCUUCGAUUUUGCUUCUCCCUCGGCCUGUAAUUACCUUAGGUCGGGCCUGCGCGCGGGGGCGCGCGCGGUCUCGAGUAGGGGAGCGCUCGCGCGCCUGCCUUCCUGCCCGCCCGAGCGAGCGAGUGACGCCCCCGCCCCGUUGGGCCGGCAUGCGAGGCCUGCUCCCCCGCCUCCUCGGCGGCCGGGCCCCCCGCGGACGCUGCCCCCCCCAGCGGGGCCUGUAGCGGGCGGGCAGGCAUGCGGAGGCUCCCCCGCCGCCCUCCUCCUCCUCCUCCUCCUCAGUGAGCGCCCUCCUCCCUCCCCGCCAUGGCUCAGGCUGAGAAAAUGGAGCUGGACCUGGAGCUGCCGGUGUCCGCCGUGGCCUCGGGGGCUGCGGGGGGCGCGGCGGCCUCGGGGGGCAGCGACGGGGGCGGCCUGAGGCGCUCCAACAGCGCCCCCCUCAUCCACGGGCUCAGUGAUAAUUCACAGGUGUUUCAGCCUUACGUCUUGCAAGCCCGUAGAAACAGCACAACAGUUGUGAAUCGGCACAGCAUGCUGAUAUCAUCCUCUCCAAUUCGUAUCCCCAGCAGUCGACUCCAUCAAAUCAGAAGGGAGGAAGGAGUGGAUUUGAUGAACAGAGAGGCAGCACACGAAAGGGAAGUGCAAACAGCAAUGCAGAUAAGCCAGUCAUGGGAAGAAAGCUUGAGCCUGAGCGAUAACGACUUGGACAAGUCUGAAAAGUCAUCGUCUCCAAAGAGGAUAGACUUCAUUCCUGUUUCUCCAGCACCUUCUCCUACAAGGGGCAUAGGAAAGCAAUGUUUUUCACCAUCCUUGCAAAUGUUUGUGAGUAGCAAUGGAUUGCCUCCGAGUCCCAUUCCCAGCCCCACAAGGAGAUUUUCAAACAGGAGGAGUCAGAGUCCAAUCAACUGCAUCAGGCCCAGUGUUCUUGGUCCCAUUAAAAGGAAAGGUGAAAUGGAAACUGAAAGCCAGCCAAAGAGACUCUUCCAGGGAACCACCAACAUGCUUUCUCCUGAUGUGACACAUCUGACAGACCUCAGUUCAUGCUUGUCUUCAGAUAUACUGGAUGGGAGCACAAGCAGUGUCAGCUCUUCUUCGGAUUCGCUGGCCAAAGGCAGCACUACUGCAGAAUCUCCCGUCACGUGCUCCAACUCGUGUUCUUCAUUCAUCUUGAUGGAUGACCUUUCACCCAAGUGACUUACCCAGUUGUCUGUCGAUGUCUGCCCAUGCUAUUCUCUUAGCUGUACAUAGGUACAGAGGAGCCCAUGAGAUGAAAUCCUGGAGGACACAAGGAUUUAAAUACUGAGUGGAAAUGUUAACGUCACCUUAUUCCUCGGCUACUUGGUUUUGAUUCUCCUUCAUGGACACAUCAGGCCACGUUGAUGUCUGGCUUCGCUGAUUUUUUUGUAAUAAUUUUACCAAUAUCUGCUCAGAUAAUACUAACUUUGCUUUCAAGAAGCUGCAUACACUUUUUUUAAAAAUUCCCAAACCAAGCACCUAAGUUGUAUUAGUGUUAAAACUCUAGAGGAAAAACCUGUCUGCUGUUGCUAUCAUGAUCACUUAUUCUGGAGGUAAGAAUGGUGGCUGCAAAGUUAUAAAAUCUUGGUUGUUUGCGAUGCUUUUUAAAAGUAAUAAACUAGAUUACUCUAGACACUUGUUUAGGAAAAUAAAGUACUUCUGCUGGACAAUUAGGCAUAUUCUGGACUAUAUUUUAGGGGACCCACACCCCUAAAAAUAAUUAUAUGGGGAAUUAUAACCCCCUAUUUCUCUGUUGCAGGAAAGAGGUUUUGAGCUGUGCUUCUGGUCAAUUGCUGUGACGAUGCUAGAAGCCAAAAACACUUGUGGACUUUUUGUUUUGUUUGUUUUUUCCUGUUGAAUGCUACUGUAGCUCCUUGAUGUUGGCAACCAGAGUGGGGGUGGGACAGCUUUCUGUGAUGCAGACUUAACUCACCUGCAGCAUUCUCCAAUGAAGACCAUUUCAGGUUUGUGUCGAUUACAGCCAGUAGUCACAGAAGUCUGGCUGAGGAGAUGCAGGCUGGGUAAUAGCCACAAUUGCUUAGGCUACCACAGAUAAUUUAUUGGGCCAUUGGUGUCUCCUGUGGCGCUGAGAUGUGUUUGUGCCUUAGGGGACAUGGUUACAAAAUGGAAGAAUGUAAACCCGAGCGUUUGGGUGGGGAAAAGGAUUUAUCUUGUUUUCUUUCCCUUUUUUUUGUAGAGAGUGUGCUUGUAUGAGGUGCCAUUGCCACUAUUGCUGUUUCUUAGUUGCUCCUUGAAGUGCUUGAUCUGUGGUGGGAGGGGGAUUCUGCGAGCAGUCCCGCUGUUCUGUGACUGUUCCACAUUGUGGCAUAUCCUCAGAACAACCCACUGGUCCUGCCUUGAAACAGGGCAGGCCAAUAAGCUAACAUGAAUUUUCAUGGGAAGGCUUUACAGUCUGGAUGCUAGCUGUGGAUAGAGUUUGACUGAAGGAGCUUGUGUGUGAACUUUGAGAAGGAAACCUGCUGUAGUCUCCUGACUCAGUUUGGGGUUCAGCAAAUGAUUUCUUACUUCUCCAAAGAUCUAACCGGCUUUUAAAAAGAGCGAGAGAGAGCGAGAGAGCGAUCCAUUUGUAAUCUACUGUGUUAUGCUAUUUAUUAUUUAUAACUCUGUAAAAAAAAAUAGUCUGGUGGUGAAUUAUAGUAUUUUUUUAUGAUUGAAAACCUUUUUUAUGUUCUGUGAGUGCUGGUUGAUCUGUAUUUAAUAGGCAACGUUGUCUGCCAGAAGUGUACGCUUCCAGUUCUGAAUGUUUGUAAGUAAUUCACAUGCUCUUGUUGUCAAAGUACAACUUCUGAUUUAUAAUAGCACUGAAUUUGAAGUGAGAUUGUGCUAACCUAUAAAGCACAAGAUCUCUGGCAAUACUUGUCAGGCUAAGAAGACGGGAGGGGGAAGAACUCUAAUGUGUUCCAUUCUAAAAGAGGACACUGCGUUUUCCAUAUAUACCAUUUUGCUUUUAAAAGUGUUUAUUUGAAAUUGUAAUAAGUACCAUACUUGGCCCAGUUGUGCCACUGUUACCUGUAUUACUAUCCUCACCUGUGGAGUUAGUCUCCCCACUUCCAAUAAAUGUGCAUAUUGUAAAAUACCA